AUGCCGAUGGCACAACUGCUAGCUCGGAAUGUUAGUACAAAUUACACAGCGCAUAAAAUUACAAACACGUCGGAACGAUUCUUUCCAAAUCCUUACGCCGAUUACGAUGAGAAAACGCAUGGCACAGAGCAACAUAAGCUAGUGUCUCGUAGUGGGGUGGUCAACCUAAUUGAAAAGUAUGUAGGAAUGAUUCAGAAGAACCACACACAAGCAAAGAUGCGAGAAGAUCUUUAUGUUGGAACUGCUGGGAUCGCUUUCAUGUUCUGGAAACUAUCUCGAACGAAGGAAACGAAAAGCAAGUUUCCAUGUUUGAAUCUUGCAUCGAAUUACAUCGAUGAAGCCAAACGACAAUCUACGAAGAAACAUCGUUCCAGCAAGGAUAGCGUAGCUUUUCUUUGUGGUGGUGCUGGAAUUGCAGCCGUAUCUGCAGUUGUCUUCCACGCUCAAGAAAAUAGGCAUCAAAUGAAAAUUGAUGUAGAAAUCUUUCUAAAAGGCUAUCCAGAAUGUGCGACUGAUGACGGAUACGAAGCCGACGAGGUGCUGGUUGGAAGAGCCGGCUUCCUGCACGGAGCAUACUGGUUAAAUCAAACGAUCGAAACGAAACCGAUCGGAAAUGAAAUGAUAACCAAAGUUUGUAAAGUUUUAAUGAAACGUGGACGCCGCCUUGCCACUUCGCUACGAAUAGGAUCGCCAUUGAUGUAUGAAUAUCACGAAAAAACUUAUCUGGGAGCUGCUCAUGGAAUUUGUGCCAUUCUGCACGCUCUACUAGAAUCGCCUUGGUUUAAUCAUAACGAUAGUGGUGAAUUUUGUGCUUCAACAACGAAACUAGCUGACAUCAAGAACAGCAUAGAUUACGUACUAACACUGCAGAGUAACGAUGGAAAAUUUCCUACAAGACAUGAUUCGGACCGAACGCUCGUCCACUGGUGCCAUGGAUGUGGUGGGGCAAUUUAUCUGUUCGCGAAAGCUUAUCUUACUUUCAAGGAAGAAAAGUAUCUAGAAUGCUGCCGCAAGAGCUCUGACACAAUCUGGCGCCAAGGAUUGCUGCGCAAAGGUCCUGGACUUUGUCAUGGGGUGGCGGGUAAUGGGUAUUCUUUCCUGCUAAUGUAUCGCUUAACGGGAGAGCUGCGUUAUUUGUAUAGGGCAGCGAAAUUUGCUGAUUUUUUAAACUCUACAAUAUUUUCCGAAAAGCUUCUGGCACCCGAUCGCCCAUACAGUUUGUACGAAGGCUUGGCGGGAACUGUAUGUUUUUUGGCUGACCUACUAAAUCCGUUGCAGUCCUCGUUUCCAUUCAUGGAUGUGUUUGAGAAAAAAAUUACAUAA